GCACCUCCAGAUUCGGAUACAUUACCGCAACUUACUAUUGUUCGAUCGAGUAUAUUCGGCGUAGCGCUGCGUAAUCAAGCACCACUCGACCAGAAGGCAACUUCGGAGAUUGCAAAGAUGGCCGGUGGAGAUGGUUUGGCCAUCCUUAGCUUGCCAAGUCUCGACCCACCAACACUGCAUGCCAUCUUACGCGCACUUGAGCGCUCCGUCCCAAAGAAGUCGGAAGGUGGAGCGCAGAAAGAUGCAAAGAAGAACGGAAAGGAGAGAGCGAAUGACGAUGAUGAGGGUCGUGUUCCAGGCCGUAGAGUGAAGCGCCAAAAGCCCAUGCUUGACCCUGAGCUCGCACUGGUCGGUGCACUCAUAGAAGGACGAGUAUUUGGGGUGGAGCAAGUUAAGGACGUAUCCAAACUUCCGACUUUGGAGACCCUUCGGCAACAGAUUAUUGGCCUAAUUUCGAGUCCCGCAGUGCAGUUGGCGAUGGUGCUCGGAGAAGCUAGCGGUGGGAAAUUAGCACGGACUUUGGAGGGUCUAAAGAAAGGCCUUGAA